UGACAGCGGCCAGGAGGGUCGAUUUUCAACCCGGCUGGAAGUGCUGCCUCAUCGGGCGGCUGCCCCACCAAGACGGGAGCGGAUCCAGCAGCGCCACGACCAGCCCAAAAAGAUGCGAGAGGUGCUCGGCAGGCCGCCACCGCAACGAGACAUGCGUGCCUUUAAAGGAAUGUGUCGCAAUGCGGUAGGCUCUCUUCCCGCCUCAUCAUCUUCUUCUGUGUCUCUUGCUGGCGGAACCGGAAGGGGUAUUGUGAAAGAAACGAAUUCGAGGCCAAGCGUGACCGAAGGCGCUAGACGACGCGCUGGAUCAACAAGAUCACCGGCAACCAUGACGGUGUGGGUCUUUAAACGACGCGUGCGGAGCUGCUCACAGUACAGCGUAAUGUACGUAACUUACAUACUGUAUUUUACCUGCGUAGAUGACUUCGCCGUGACAAAAAGUCUCCGCAUGAGAGGAACCAACAAGCCGCCUGUAUCCUCCGGCAGAACCUACACAAUGCACAAGUGUAGUCGGGCUGGGGAAUUUUUGCUUGGGUUAUUCUUGAGGAGCCAAUCCUUCAAUGUUUGUAGACGGCGCUUUCGUCAAUGUGCUACGGGCUACCAACGAUAGUCGAAAAUGGCCCCACGUUUCUCGCCGCACACGGCGCACAGAGCGCAACUCGGGGAAUUGCUCAGCUGCCCGCUGAUGGGGACCCACUUUACUAUACCUAAAAUCCACUGGUUCUGGUUAGGCAGGUACGGAGACAUCAAGGUUGUGUCUUGACAAUUUAUUAACUACUGUAACGUUAUUUU